AUGUCAGCUGCCCUCGCGCCCCUCGCAGGGCCCUCACGUACUACUUGCAGGUCUCUGAGCAACAUAGCAGCCUCUUCGAUAUCACGGCUGCCAUCAGCGCCCUUGCGACGCCCACGCCACCUGCAUACAUUCCCCCCUCUGGCCUCGCAUGAGAAUCCCCUCGGUCUCCCACGCAACACCGAUCGCCUCCCACCUAAGAUGCCGCAGCGCAGCCGUGGUGGACCGCCUGCAAAGCGACCAGUACCGAACGUCAAGCACGUCCUGGCUGUAAGCAGCUGUAAGGGUGGUGUAGGGAAGAGCACUGUAGCUGCCAACCUAGCCCUAUCGCUGCUCAACAAUCCGCCAGAAGGAUCAGAAAGACGGCCAAGAGUCGGGCUGCUCGACCUGGACAUCUUCGGGCCUAGUGUGCCUAAGCUGCUCGGUCUCGAACAAGCUGGCGAGGCAGAGCUGACAGAGGGCGGCGCCCUCCUGCCUCUCACAAACCAUGGCCUACCCACAAUGUCCAUGACCUACCUCCUGGGCCCAGAGAAGGCCUCAAACCCAAUAGUCUGGCGAGGCCUCAUGGUUCAGAAAGCGGUCCAGCAGCUCCUCUUUGAUGUCGACUGGCGUUCCACACCCUCGGAUCCUGCAUCUGCAGGUCUCGACGUGCUGGUAAUCGACAUGCCACCGGGCACAGGGGAUGUUGCACUUACGCUCACUCAGCUCGUGCAACUAUCCGGAGCGGUCAUUGUAUCCACGCCUCAGGAGGUGGCGCUCGAGGAUACGAGGAAGGGAGUUGCCAUGUUCGAUAAGGUCGGGGUGAAGGCGACAGGGCUGGUGCUCAACAUGACGCACUACAUGCCUCCACCACCUCUGCCGCAGGACCCGCUGCCCCUCUUCGGGCCUAGUGAGCCAUUCGACAAAUUGGCGAAGAGUCUGGGCCUACCUGUGCUAGGGAGACUGCCCGUCGAGCCUGCGGUUAGCUAUGGUGGGGAUGCGGGGUGGCCUGUAGUGCUCAAGUCGGACCAGGAGGGUGGGGAGACGAAGCGCGUGUUCAAGAAGAUGGCAGAAGUCGUUUGGGCAGCGCUGCGAGAGAAGGCGUAG